AUGUCUCACGUCCUCCCCAAAGUCGCGCAACGCAGCACCCCCCUCCUCCGUUCCUCCAUCCGCCAGUUUCACGCCUCCUCCAAGCUAUCCUCGCGGCUGCGCCAGCCAGGCGAACCAACCGGCCCCAACGAACCGCCCCGACACACCGCAUCUCCAGAAUCGAAGUCCCCACUCAAGGUCUGGCCAUUUGUCCUCAUCUUUGGGACGGGCAGCUUCUUAUUCAAGAAGAUAGUUGAUCAAAGGAAGGGCGAAUAUCAGGCCAAGGGACCGGUUGCUGGACACUCGCCUAGUCGACCAUAA